AUGGGGUCAUUACCAUCUGAUUGUUUUGAACAUGGCAAGUUCUUAUUUGCCAUAGUCUUCAUAGUUGUAACCCUUAACUGUUUAACAACUAAAGCUAACCUAUGCUGCAAUAACUCUGUUGCUGCCCCAAGAAUUCCUGCCUACGAUAUUCUUUCAUCAUUGCAAACACUAGCUCUUGAUGGUUACUUCAGUUUGGAAGACAAUGGACAUAAAGACUUUGGUAACAUAUACCAUUGUCCUCCUCUGGCAAUUCUGCAUCCAAAAACAGUUUCUGAUAUCUCACGCACAAUAAAGCAUAUUUUUGAAAUGGAUUCUGCUUCACAGCUAAAGGUUGCAGCUAGAGGCCGCGGUCAUUCUCUUCAAGGUCAGGCACAAGCAUAUCAAGGCCUAGUGGUGAACAUGGAGUCACUGAAGGGAUCAGAAAUGGUUGUUCACGGUGGAGAAUUUCCUUAUGUGGAUGUCUCAGCUAGUGAGUUAUGGAUAGUCAUUCUCCAUGAGACUCUUAAGCACGGUUUGGCACCUAAAUCUUGGACAGACUAUCUUCAUCUUACAGUUGGAGGAACUCUAUCAAAUGCUGGAAUAAGCGGACACGCCUUCAAGCAUGGACCCCAGAUCGAUAACAUUUUUCAGCUGGAAGUAAUCACCGGAAAAGGAGAGGUGCUUACCUGCUCAGAGAACCAAAAUGCUGACCUUUUUUAUAGUGUUCUUGGAGGGCUUGGUCAAUUUGGCAUCAUAACCAGGGCUAGAAUUUCUCUUGAACCAGCACCAAUAAAGGUGAAAUGGAUUAGAGUGUUAUACUCAGAAUUCUCAGUAUUUACAAGGGAUCAAGAGUACUUGAUAUCACUUGAAAAUACAUUUGAUUAUAUUGAAGGCUUCGUAAUUAUAAACAGAACAGGCAUCCUUAACAACUGGAGGUCAUCCUUCAAUCCCGAAGACCCAAUUCAAGCCAGCCAAUUCAAUUCAGAUGGGAGGACAUUUUACUGUCUCGAGGUGGCAAAAUACUUCAACCCAGGCGAAACUGAAGCCAUGAAUCAGGAAAUCGACCAACUGUUAUCAGAACUGAGCUAUAUUCCAUCGACAAUAUUUCUAUCAGAAGUUCCUUACGUAGAUUUCCUGGACAGAGUGCAUGUUUCCGAGAUGAAGCUAAGAGCCAAAGGCUUGUGGGAAGUUCCCCAUCCAUGGCUCAAUCUUCUGAUCCCAAGGAGCAAAAUUCAUGAGUUCGCACAUGAGGUGUUUGAGAAAAUUCUUUCGGAUACAAGCAAUGGACCCAUACUCAUAUACCCCGUCAAUCAAUCAAGGUGGAACAAUAGAACAUUUUUGGUUACACCAGAGGAAGAUGUUUUCUAUCUGGUGGCAUUUCUUCCUUCUGCUGUACCAUUUUCGACAGGGAAAGACAGCUUAGAUUACAUUCUAAGCCAAAACGAAAGGAUCAUAGAGUUCUGCAAGCGGGCUCAGCUAGGAGCGAAGCAAUAUCUUGCACAUUACAGCACACGAGAAGAAUGGGAAGGCCACUUUGGGACAAGAUGGGAACUGUUGAGAAGAAGGAAAUCCGAGUAUGACCCAUUGGCAAUUCUUGCCCCUGGCCACAGAAUCUUUCAAAACUCAAAAGCCGAUACCAACCUCCUGUUGGCCAUGUGAAUUACUGGCAAUUAAUUAAUCAAAUGCAUUUUCGGCUUUCAGUAACUGUAGGCACGACCGUUGUUCUUGUUGCAUCUUCC